AUGUUCCCCCCAUCAGUCUAUCCCCAUCUCCUAUCUCACAAAGUUCCCCCCCAUCAGUCUAUCCCUACCUCCUAUCUCACCAAGUUCCCCCUGUCAGUCUAUCCCCAUCUCCUAUCUCACCAUGUUCCCCCCAUCAGUCUAUCCCCAUCUCCUAUCUCACCAUGUUCCCCCAUCAGUCUAUCCCCAUCUCCUAUCUCACCAUGUUCCCCCUAUCAGUCUAUCCCCAUCUCCUAUCUCACCAUGUUCCCCCAUCAGUCUAUCCCCAUCUCCUAUCUCACAAUGUUCCCCCAUCAGUCUAUCCCCAUCUCCUAUCUCACCAAGUUCCCCCAUCAGUCUAUCCCCAUCUCCUAUCUCACCAAGUUCCCUAUCAGUCUAUCCCCAUCUCCUAUCUCACCAAGUUCCCCUAUCAGUCUAUCCCCAUCUCCUAUCUCACCAAGUUCCCCAUCAGUCUAUCCCCAUCUCCUAUCUCACCAAGUUCCCCAUCAGUCUAUCCCCAUCUCCUAUCUCACCAUGUUCCCCAUCAGUCUAUCCCCAUCUCCUAUCUCACCAUGUUCCCCAUCAGUCUAUCCCAUCUCCUAUCUCACCAAGUUCCCCCAUCAGUCUAUCCCCAUCUCCUAUCUCACCAUGUUCCCCUAUCAGUCUAUCCCCAUCUCCUAUCUCCAAGUUCCCCAUCAGUCUAUCCCCAUCUCCUAUCUCACCAAGUUCCCCUAUCAGUCUAUCCCCAUCUCCUCUCACCAUGUUCCCCCAUCAGUCUAUCCCCAUCUCCUAUCUCACCCGUUCCCCAGCCUAUCCCCAUCUCCUAUCUCCCAUCCCCCAGUCUAUGUCCCAUCUCCUAUCUCACUCAUGUUCCCCUAUCAGUCUAUCCCCAUCUCCUAUCUCACCAAAGUUCCCCCAUCAGUCUAUCCCCAUCUCCUAUCUCACCAAGUUCCCCCCAUCAGUCUAUCCCCAUCUCCUAUCUCACCAAGUUCCCCCUAUCAGUCUAUCCCCAUCUCCUAUCUCACCAUGUUCCCCCCUAUCAGUCUAUCCCAUCUCCUAUCUCACCGGGUUCUCCCCAUCAGUCUAUCCCAUCUCCUAUCUCACCUGUCCCAAUGUUCCCCUGUUCCAGUCUAUCCCCAUCUCCUAUCUCACCAAGUUCCCCUAUCAGUCUACUCCCCAUCUCCUGUCUCACCAUGUUCCCCCAUCCAGUCUCUCCCCAUCUCCUAUCUCACCCCCAUCAACCUAUCCCCAUCUCCUAUCUCACAUCCUAUCAGUCUAUCCCAUCUCCCAUCUCACUGUCUCACCAAGUUCCCCAUCAGUCAUAUCCCAUCUCUAACAGCUCCAAGUUCAUCCUGUCCGUCUCACCUGUUCCCCUAUCAGUCUAUCCCCAUCUCCUAUCUCACCAUGUUCCCCUCCAUCUAG